AUGGUGUCCAAGGCUUUGCUCGUUCUUCUUUUGCUCUCCGCUUCUGUCCUCCUUCUUUCAGCUGAAGUUGCACCAAAAGAUGCAGAUAAGAAAUUUGACAAAAACGAAGUUUUUGUUCUUCGGUUUGAAGAUAAUAAUAACCUUGACAGAAAUGGGGUCGAUGACAUGAAAUAUGACGAGGGAUGGUGGCGCGGUUAUGACGGUUGGCGGCGUGGUUAUGGCGGAUGGCGGCGGGUUAUGGAGGAUGGCGGCGUGGAUGGUACUGCCCCUAUGGUUGUUGUGGUUGGAAUUACUACGGAAACUUGUGUACAAGGUGCUGCUAUUAUCCUGGUGAACAUGUUGAUGCUCACACUGAAGCUGAGCCUCGCAACUAAACAAGACCUUUGUGCUGAAAAUGGUUCUUGUAAUCUAUAUAAAUAA